AGAAGCGUGAGGCCAAGGCUGCGCGACCAGUGAGAGCCUCGCCCGCUCCGCACCACCUCCGCGUCGUGAACUUCACCACUGCACUCCUCCACCAUCACACGAUCGCAGUCAGAGCAUGCACAACUGGACACGGCACCACCACAGUCCUCGCCAUGGAGGACCCGGCUGACGACGCCUCCAAGGGCGAUGCCUACACCACCGCCAAACCCUCCAAAUUCCACUUCAAAUCCUCGUCGCGUCGCAAACGACACCACGACGACGACGCCGACAGAUCCCACCGCUCCUCCAAGCGCCACCGCUCAGACCACUCCUCCUCGCACCGGCACCACCACCGGCGCAAACACACCUCCCGCCAUCCAGACCGCCAUCCAGACCGCCACCCAACCUCCACCGUCGACGGCACCUACUACGACCCCUCUUCGCGGCACCGCGAAUCCCUCCUCGACGCCCCCCCAUCCCCCAGCGCCACCACCUUCCGCGAAUCGCUCUUCGACGCGCUCGCCGACGACGAGGGCGCCGCCUACUGGGAAGCCGUCUACGGCCAGCCCAUCACCAUCUACCCGGACUCGCGGCCGGGGCCCGACGGCACGCUGGAGCGCAUGACGGACGACGAGUAUGCGCAGCACGUGCGUGCGAAGAUGUGGGAGAAGACGCAUCAGCACGUGGUGCAGGAGCGGGAGGCGCGGGAGCGGGCACGGAGGGAGCGCAAGGAAGCCCGAGAGAGGGGGGACGAGGGGCUCAGGCAGGAGGAGAGGGAGCGCGAGGCGCUGGGGCGUCGCAUGGAGGAGUCGCUGCGGCGCGGCGAGGCGCGGCGGCGCGCGAAAGAGGCCACGCGCGCCUGGGACGUGUACGGCGCGAAGUGGGCGGCGCUGGACACGCCCACGCCCGAGACUGAGACCGCGGCGGCGCCCGUCCGUGAGCGGAUCCCCUGGCCCGUGUUCGGUUUUCUGCGCGCGGCGCCGGCGUGGGGCGAGGGCGCGGGCGCGCUGCUCAAGGCCGAGCGCGUGCGCUGGCAUCCGGAUAAGAUGCAGCGGCGCUUUGGGCAGCGGAUUGACGAGCAGACGCUGCGGGAUGUUACGGCCGUGUUUCAAAUUAUCGAUCAGCUGUGGAGUGCGCGGCGGUAGCGACAUGGCUGACACGAUAUCUUGGUCGUGGACGGGCAGGCUGGGGACAUCACGAGCAUGGGGUUGAAAGCUGAGUGUAACGCGCAGCCAGGAGACAUCACGAACACAGGCUUAAAGCUAGAUGUAACGCGCAAUGCAGCAGCGAA